AAAAAGUGCACAUUCGUGGACGUAAACAUGCUAAUUUUUCGUUGAGGUAAAAAAUAGGCAAUGACGACAAUUCAGGAAAGAGCCGCGUCCUUAAAUCUCAAGGGGAAGCUGUACAGUGCUAUGCAUCUUCCUCAAGACUCAAAAAUGGGCAACACCGAGCAAACACUGUUCCCAUGGAGCAGUAUUAUAUCCCACCUUCAAGAACAAGUUCACGUGGACCAACGGUGGCAUCGUCUCCGAGCCUACAAAAAAUGCUUUGUAGGUUCUGAUGCUGUGGAUGUCGUUCACACUCACUUCCAGAAUAAUUAUUUGGAGGGCCUUGACUUCCCUCGAUCUAAGGCAGUGCGUGUUUGCCAAGCUCUCAUGGACUGUGAGGUGAUUGAAGCAGUGAGAGGUCGGGCGUUUGACAAGGACAAAAAAAGUAACCGUUUCCAAGAUGCCAACUGCAGCCUCUACAGAUUUGUGAGCACUGAGAAUGCUGUACUGAACAAGCUUGCAAAUACAGUCAUUUCCCCCUUUACUAAAAAGAGUUUGGAUAUGCCUGACAAAGGCACACCUAUGAGGCCAAUCACCACUCAAGGAGACCGUAUUAAAAAGGUCACAUUAAGGUCAAGCAGCCCACAAGCCACAACGAAUGCUUUGCCACACUCAUUGGUCAGUGAGGUGUGGCAGGAGCAGACCGUACUGCGUCUAACGCAGAUUAUAGAGCUUCCCUUCCUUGAGAACCUGCUGGAGGCCAAAGAUAAAUCCUUGCAGCGAUCUUACAGUGUGGAGAUGACCUAGAGGCACCGCACAGUAGCUGCUUUGACUGGUUGAUUCUAAAGUCCCUCAGGGACUGUCAGUAUGUGUGUCUUUAUUUUCUAUUCAUUUGAAGGCACCAUUGAUGCAAAUAUUGUGGGUAGUGUACUCCAUGUUCUUGUCAUAAAUCUCGUAUGGGUAGGCAUGUACUGGAAAUAACUCAACUUUUGGAAAUGCAGGAGAUGUUUUCCCUUUUCGAAUGUACUUUGUGAAUGACUUCUUGCUGUGUCUGAAUGUAGGACUGAU